AUGAACAAAUUAGGGUUUUACUCAGCACACUCUAUAAGACAAUCAUCUCAUCAAUUAGGGUUUCUUAUGGUGAAGUUUCUGAAGAACAAGGCCGUGAUCCUCCUUCAAGGCCGUUACGCCGGAAAGAAGGCAGUGAUCAUCAAAUCCUUCGACGACGGAACGAGUGACCGUCGUUACGGACAUUGCCUCAUCGCCGGACUGAAGAAGUAUCCAAGCAAAGUCAUCCGCAAAGACUCAGCGAAGAAUACGGCGAAGAAAUCUAUAGUGAAAUGUUUCAUCAAGGUCGUGAAUUACCAGCAUCUGAUGCCUACUCGUUACACGCUCGAGUAA